AUGGCUUCUUCAAAGGAAAUCCAGCAGCAUUCCUCCAGACCUCUCAGUCAACAUCGCCUGUCCAUGUCUACACACUCCAGUUCGCUCCCCAAAGCUCAUGCACGAAACCAUUCACACUCAGUAUCCUCUGGUUCCCUUAUUACAAACAACCGAGUUACACGUCGGAAGAGCGUGUCAUCGAACGCGGCGAGCAAUGUCGCAGCAAUGGUAGCAGCUGUAAGAGAAGCUGGAGACACCACAGUUGGCAUUGCCAUUUCAAGCCGUAGAAACACAAUGUCAAAGAACGGGUCUGCUAGACCUACUGCUCUGGGAAGCCUGCCAUCACCACCUGCGAGCUUGCCCGGUCACAGAUUCCGUUUGAGCACUAACGGCAAAAUGGAUCGGGGUGAAAGCGCAAUUGAAGACGAUCAACUCGAUGAGAUGGAUGACGAUGAAGAGAAAGACGCAAAACUAGCUCGCAUGCGCCGAGCAAGUGAAGGCCAACACCUCACAAAGGAUGGCAAGAAGUCCAACGACCUCAAGUGUGAGAAGUGUGGAAAGGGAUACAAGCACAGCAGUUGCUUGUCCAAGCAUUUAUGGGAGCAUACUCCAGAAUGGUCUUUGACUUCAAAGCUGCUUAUUUCUAAGCAUCAACAGGUUCAGCUUCUGGAAGCGGCCUCGGUACUCGUCGCCAUGAAUCAGGAUGGCACUACACCUCCAGAUUCUGCUAAGGACUUCCAAAGCGACCAAGAUUCCGCUUCCCCCGCUGCAUCUGGUUCCUCUGAACAGCGCGACGGGACGAGCUCUGCUGAUACCACCCCUCCACCACAGGCAGACAUGUUCAAUGCCUACAACACUGGCUCUUAUACCGGCCGGCACAAGAGAUACAGCAGUGGGCAGAGUUUCUCCAGGUCGUACCAAUCUGCACCUUCUGCAAAUCACCUCGGUGUCGGAAGUGUCCCCAGUCAUUCUGGAUUUGGCCAUCAUCGUCAACCAAGUCAAGAAAGGCGUCCACCAUCAUCCGGUAUCAGCCGUAACCAAGAAGAUGAUGGUUUGGCGGCGGCCGUCGAACUUCUCUCUUGCAGCUUCGGCAGCACCGGGACUCCAAGGAGCAUUCCAGUUACUCUCCCGGAAGACGCUCCCCCAGUGCCUCAUAUCCCUGCCAGAUAUUUGAACCAGAGCUUCUCGGGCAGCACUUUGACUCCCAGCCAGCAGCCUCGUCACACGGAGAGCCACACUCGUCACCAAGUCAAUGACGGUGAUAUCAAAAUGGAGGAGAGCGAGGACAGUGUCGCUGAUGACGAAGAGUAUGAUAGACGUUCCAGAGGUCGCAGCGAUGAAGACGAAGAAGGCGUCUUUGGUCGCAUGGAAGAAUGA